AUGGCAACUCUUCAUUUCAUUCCAUUCAUAAUCAAAAUAUUAUUUGUAUUCCUAGUUAUCUUGUCCUGUGUAUCAUUCAUUACUUGCAAUCCAUCCAUAAUAAGUGAUACAAGUAAAACUGAAAAUGUAUUCGAAACCUUUACUCAACAAUCCAUUUCAGUUAAUGAUGGAGGAAAUACUCAAAAUAAUGGAACAUUAGAUAAUGGUCAAUGGAUUUAUUAUGGUUCUCAACAAGCAGGUACAAAUUCACGUUCAGAAAAGACCUAUCUCUAUUCUCUCUAUUUUGAGAAAACAGUUCACGUGUUAACAAAUUGGGCAAGAAUGUCACCUGUUGGAUUUAAAUCAAGAUUUGGAUCCUUGUUUAAAUCAGGUGUUAGUUUGGCAGCUAGUGGACUAGUUCCAUUAUUUGAACAUUUUAAUCUUGUGGAAUCUGCCAGAUAUCAUUCAUAUGACAUGUCAUUCAAUAAUUGUUUUUCACAUGCUUCUUGUAAUGGUGAAGAUACUUUUGUUAGAAUUGCAACUUUUUAUAAUAGGAAUAAUAUUGGAAUGGCUGAAAAUAUUGCAGCAGGUCAAACAACUCCUCUCGAUGUUACAAUGACAUGGAUUAAUUCAGAUUUACAUCGUGCUAAUAUUCUUGGUUCUUUUUCUUUAUUAGGAGUUGGUUAUUUUCCUAAAUUGAAUAAUGCUGAUUAUUCAGAUUAUUGGACUCAAAACUUUGUAUCAGGUUCACAUGGUAUUUCAAAUCCAAUUGUUUCAGUUUCACAUUUAAUUUUAACAUCUGGUCAAUUAACAUUUUUAGCUAAUUAUUAUCAUAAAUAUGAUAUUACCAAUUCCAAACAAUUAAAAUCCAUUCAAUUAUUCAUUGAUGAUAAGGGAUAUACCAUGACAUUACCUGUCACUAAUCAAUUUGAUGAUAAAUCAGCAAAUGGAAUGGGAACUUUUGAAUUUACAACUUCAGUCAACUCUACAGCAACAUGUAGAAAAUAUUAUGUUAAAGCAAUUGAUUCAUUUGGAUAUGCUUAUUAUUAUCCUGCAUUUGGAUAUUUAUUAACUCAAGGAGAAAAUGGAAAUUGUAAACAAUUUUAUUUGGCUCAAAAGAAAUCAAGUGAUGUUGUAAAUCCAACACCAAUUCAACCUACAACAGGUCAAUCAUUUGUGAAUAGAACUAGUGUUAAUGGUGCUAUUAGAAAUGGAAAUUAUUUCAUUUACACUUUUAUGGUAAUUUUUAUCAUUUUUGGAAUUUCUCAAUAUUUAUUGUAA